AUGUUGACGAAAGUUUUUGAUUUACCACUCUUCGUCAUUGGUUCGCUUUUUUUGUUCUUCUUUCCACAAAUUCACUCAUCAUCUUUGUCUUCAACAUUACAAAAACGCGUAAUAGUCGCCACGACCCUAUCUACCAAAAGCAACGAUGGUGAAUGGCAUCUCAGUUGUACAAACCAAGAUAACAAAAAAGAAACAUGUGUGGAUUAUCGACUCCUAGGUCAGUUCAAUCAACUUCCAAACUCGAGUUCUAUUUCCCCUUUGUCGUGUUAUGUGACUUGGAAUCAAAACGGUCGCGAGAAGACUCAUGAUCUGACUGGUAAUAAACCCAUUGAAAGGGCGCAAGAUAAUCCCAAAGCCACAAAUCCUUAUCAAACUGAUGGACCUGCAAAGCUUAUUUCGUAUGUUUUUGAGAACCCUACUAAAGACGUUAAGUUAAUGUUUAAAGAACAAAAUAGUAACAACACUUGGAUUUAUGACUUAUUUUCUCAGCAAUAA